GCUUCAAGGGGCCGGUUUGUAUGUUAAGCGUCUGCUGUUUUUUACUGUUAACUCCGCAGGAAUCUCUUUCCAGGUAUGUCAAGACCUACCUGCUUCCAGACAAAGCGCGGAUGGGCAAGAGGAAGACAUCCGUGAGGAAGAGGACCGUGAGCCCCAUUUACAACGAGGUGUUGCGGUAUAAAAUAGAGAAAAUGGUUCUGCUGAUUCAGAAGCUAAGUCUUUCGGUGUGGCACAAUGACCCUUUGGGGAGGAACAGCUUCUUGGGUGAGAUGGAAGUAGACCUGGCCGGCUGGGACUGGAGGAACAAUAAGCUGAACUGGUAUAUGCUGAAACCCCGGUCUCUCUCUACAAUCAAUUGCGUUGACCAUCGAGGAGUGAUAAACCUGUCCAUUAAGUACAUCCCACCAGGAUCCCUAGGUCGAAAGACCCCUCCGUCUGGGGAGGUCCAUAUCUGGGUCAAGGACACCAAAGAUCUGCCCCAGUUACGUCCCUCCGGAGUGGACUCCUUUGUGAAAUGCUACGUUCUUCCGGACACCAGUAAAAAGAGCUACCAGAAAACCCGCAUUGUCAAGCGGGACUCCAACCCGGUGUUUAACCACACCAUCGUGUACGACGGCUUUCAUACAGAAGAUCUGAAGGAUGCCUGUGUCGAGCUGACCGUCUGGGAUCAUGAGAAACUGACCAAUCACUUUCUGGGAGGGAUCCGGCUGGGACUUGGGACAGGCUCCAGCUAUGGGAUUGCCGUUGACUGGAUGGACUCCACACAAGAGGAGGUCGCAUUUUGGCAGGAAAUGAUGACCACGGCGAAUGAAUGGAUUGAAGCGUCCCUGCCUUUGCGCUCUCUGGCUGGAAAAAGGAAGCUGAAAUGAACAGCUGGCAGCAGCCCACAGAGGAACGGAGAACCGUUUACACAGAGAAGAGGGCCAAUGCAAAGCUGGCUGACCUCAGGAUUGCCUGUGCAAUGGACUUCGAAAGGACAAGGUAUUAUUACUCAUCCCAAGAGAGGACUGAGCGGAUUUUACAUCCCAGCUAGCUGAAAGACCUGCUGCUCGUCACCUCUCCAUCAUCUAGACCUUAGAUUUUAUUCGACUUUGGGUUUGUACCCAGAGAGCAGGGAAGAAAUUGUAUAAAUAUGUUUAUAGUUUAUUUUAUUACAGUGUCCAUGUUGCUGUUUCGUUUGUGCCUCCCCAUAGAGGAAGUUAUGACAAAACUUUGGCUAGUACAGCCACCAAUACACACAGUAUCACAACAAAGUUGAAGCAAACCAUGAUGCAAAUGAAACAUGAAAAAUCUG